CAAGGCUGGACCAGAGAAGGAGCAGCUUUGUAGAAAUCUAUGACGUCAGCACAUUUAAAACGGCGAUUCUACUGUAAAAAGCAAAAUACAUAGCCCCACCUAAACACACGCUACAUCUUAUAUCUAAAAAAGCAAAGUAUGCAUGAACAUGGAAACAACGUAUUAUUACUUUUUAAAUAUCAAUUCAUUAUAUUCAGUGCAGCAGAGUUAUCAAAGAGGAAGUGAGAAUUUGAGCACAGUUAUUGAUUUACAUGACAGCAGCAUUACCGCUUCUCAGACAGAUUUAAAAUCUCCUAAAGAAGACCAAGAAAAAUAUAUCGUCCAACUGAGGAAUGUUUCUUUAUUUUAUGGUCAAUUGGAGUCGAAGCACUACAUCUUGACCAGUCAAUACAGCAGACUCAAUGAAACCCAUUCAGAACUGCAGAGCAACUGCAGCAGACUCAAUACAUCACUAUCUAAAUGCAAACAAGAGAACGAGAAGCUGUCCCUGAAAUCCUCAAUCUUGGAUAAAUAUUGUCCUCUCCCUUUGAAUGACAACAACUGUAAGCUGUGUCCAGAGAAGUGGAUGCAGUUCAAUGGAAAGUGCUACUACUUCUCAACUGAUAAUAUGAACUGGAACUCCAGCCGUGAUAACUGCACAUCAAUGGGGGGGCACCUGGUGAUUAUAGAGAGCAAGGCAGAGCAGGAUUUCUUAUCGAGCCAGACCGGCUGUAAGGAAUACUGGAUUGGACUGAAUGAUCAGGCUAUAGAAGGACAGUGGCGAUGGGUGGACAACACAACUCUAAAUACUAAUGAAACAUACUGGGGCAAAAGGGAGGAUGGUGUAGAACCCGACAAUUAUACUGGAGAAGAUCCACUGGGGGAAGACUGUGUUCAUUUUGCUAAGUAUAAAAAUUUCACACCCGGCUGGUACGAUGCUUCCUGUACUCUGGGUUCAUAUCAAAGGAUUUGUGAAACAGUGGCAGCGAUUAUAAAACCACGAUAUCUGUAAUCCCUCCCUCCCUCAAAACAACUGUAACAUCUAAUGCUUUUAAUCAUUUUAAUAUUCUUAUAAUAAUAAUUGACUUGAACUGUUUCUUGCUGAGAACUGAACUUUUUGAUGGAUGUAAUGUCUGAGCGCUUUCAAGAGAGGUAGCACCUGUUCUUGUAAAAUAAAGGAGUUACUGACUGCUUGCCCAGUCCAGUUAAUCCUGAACAUAUUCAAGGUAAUGUUGAUCUAAUAGGCAUCUUGGUUAUCCUUUAGUUAUUUUUUUUUAUUUUCACGCAGUGUUUUUAUAUGUAUUAAAUUAGAAUUGACUUUAUGAUUUUUAUUUCUAUAAACAUCUGCUUGAUUUAUUAUUGGUUUAAGUUUGAUCUGAUUUGAUUGCACUCGCUGACGCUUGUGUUUCCUUUUUUUCGGUUGUUUCGGUUCUGCGUUUCCCCCUCCCCGAGUGCAUUGAUUGGCCAGCAAGAAUGACUUCUGUCUCCAGCCCUAGUUGUCAUAGCGAACCAAAGCCAAGUGAUGUCAUUGGCUGGUUUACAACCUGCUCCUCCAGUGGUCUGUCCUUUCUAAUUUCACCACGGCGUUUAAAUAAUAAUAAUAAUAAUAAUAAUAAUAAUAAUAAUAAUAAUAAUAAUAAUAAUAAUAAUAAUAAUAAUAAACUUUAUUUUGUAUAACGCCCUUAAAAUCAAUCAUCUCAGAGCGCUUCACAAUUAAUAGUACAGCAAUAAAUAAACAGAUUAUACAUAAAAAAGCACAAGGAAAUAAAACAAUCAUAACAAUCAUAAAAACGCCUUUCUAAAAAAGGAAGUCUUUAAAUUAGCUUUAAAACACUCAAAGAAGCCGAGUCCCUGAUCUCUAGUGGAAUAGAGUCCCAUGAUUUGGGGCAUAGCAACAGAAGGCGCAGGCGAGCAGAAGGGAUACACAACAGUGUGAGAUCAGCAGAGCGGAGGUUGCGAGUGGGAGGGUAAAAAGAUAAAAGAUCUGACAGAUAAGUCAGAGCUAGCCCAUGAAGAGACUCAUAUGCCAGCAUUAAAAUUUUAAAAUAAAUUCUAAACCUGAUAGGCAGCCAGUGCAAGGCCUCCAAGACAGGAGUGAUGUGAGCUCUUGUCCUGUGAUUGCUGUAAAGUGGAGUGGAAAGGGGCCCCCUUGACCCGAGGUAAACUACCAGACCGGACCAGACCAGACCAGAGCAGAGGUUUUAAUAGCGUGACACUUUGGUGUUCUUAAGGAGAAGCACAGUUACUACCGACCGGAAUAAGAGACCUGUUGGAAGGUGUUCAGAGGGUGUUUGGUGCGGUGAGUUUUUCGAGUGACACGUUUUGGACGUUAUGUAAAUUAUAUUUCAUAUUUGCUAUUCGCUUUUAGCUAUGUAAAGAAAAUCUCUGCUUGUACUGGGUCGAGAGUUUACCUCUGUUACAGUUUUAGUGCAUUGUAAUUUGUGAUUGGUGUGUAUGCUGCUGCUUAUUGUUUUACUGUAUUGUAUGUAUUUGUAUUAAGAUAUUUGGGUUUGUCUCUGAUUUUUUUAAAGGGGAAACUGGGUUGCAUAACUUGCUGUAUUGUAUUAAAUUAUUAUUAUUAUUUUUUUAUCCUCCCCGGAUGUGCAGAUACUGUAGUUGUGGGUAAUUAGUAUUGAUUUUGCUUGUCUGUAGUGGUUAUAGAUUUGUUUAUUUGCACAGAAGGUAUUUGGAGUUUUCACUGCUGUUUGAAAUUGUUUGUAUAUUUAUGUUAUUUCUAUUUAAUAAUAUGUUUCUUUUGCUUUAUGACUGCGCUUUUGGGAUUUGAUAUGACUGUAAAUUGACUGCAAUUUAAGAUUUAAGGCAAAAUCUAGCAAUAGCCUGGUGAGAACCAUUUGUGUUAAUGUGCUCUCGUAUGUAUUUUAUCCUUGUGUGUGUAAUAAACUUGCUGAACGUGA